CAAUGUGACCGUCACAUUGUGAGGUGACAUGACUGACUGUCACUCGAAGUGACGAUAAUUGAUAACAUUUCACUAUAAACAAAUAAUAACUUUAUGAUUUUUGUGAGUUCGCGUCCAUUGAAACUAAUUGUAAACCGAUAAUCGAACUGUGAUUCAUUUCUAUCGUGCAGAUACUGCUUUCAAUUAGUUUGGGCUAACUACGGCGUGUGCUUGAGCAGAAGCGUUAUAUUUAGGUUACAGUUCAACUCACUUUAGUAGGUAGUUUAGAAGCUAAAUGAAUAGAGCGAAAAAGCAGCAUGUUCAUGGCGAAUUCACGGGGCAUUGUGUAGACGAAUCAUGCAGACACUCACUAUAAACUUGGAAAUAGGACACGAUGCUGCUCUGAGGGAAAAGACGACUACUGAGGGAUUUACCCACGAUUGGGAAGUGUUUGUUCGAGGCUGCAACGGAGCUGAUAUUCGACACUACGUGGACAGGGUCGUAUUCCUCUUGCACGAAACUUUCGAAAAGCCCAAGAGAGUGGUAAAAGAGCCACCAUACUCUUUACGAACGUCCGGAUAUGCCGGCUUCAAUUUGCCGAUUCAAAUUCACCUGAAAAACAAUCAGGAACCGAGGAAGAUUCAAUUCAACUAUGAUCUGCAGCUGCAACCCAGCGGGCCCCCGAUUCAUGAAGUUCAGAAGGAAAAGUAUACUUUUCAUUCGGUCAGUGAGGAUUUUCGAAAUAAGCUUUUGAAAGGCGGAGCUGUGUUGGGAGGUACACCAGUGACAUCAGAUAAUUCAUCUUCAGUUCACUUGCCUAAGCCGGAAGACAAGUCCCAAAUGAUGAGUAAGCCCAGAUUAAGCGGCUCGGAGCAACCGAAGAAAUAUAAGCUGAAGCCCGAAGAGCCCAGGAGUGAUCAGUUCACCAAUUUGUUUGGGACGCCAAUUACGAAAUCUAGCAAAAUUACCGAGCUGCCCAAAAGUAAGGAGUCCUCGAUAAAGCCACAAGUUAAGAACAGUGACAAAGACAAGGGAGAGAAAAUCUCAGGAGAGAAAGACAAGAGUAAAACGAAGAGUCCUUAUAAGGAUAAGGAAAAAGAUAGGGAAAGGUCCAAAGAUAAGGAUAAACAGACUGAAAAUAGUAAUUUUGAUAGAAAGUCGAAGGAUAAACGAGACAAGAAAGAUAGAGAAUAUAGCAAGAAGGACAAAAAGGAGCGGAAGGACAGGGAUCGAGACAAAUCUCCAACAGCCAGACAAAAAAGUAGCAGCCCAAAACGAUCGCCCAAAAGGCCAAGAAGUCCUUCACCCGUCAAAACCAGCGUUAAGGAACUAAAAGAGAAAGAUAAAGAAUCACGGGAAUCAAAGGACCGCGACAGAGACAGAGAAAAGAAGUCAAAAAAGCAUAAAGAAAAAGAUGGAAAACAUCGGGACAAAGAUAAAGAGAAGGACCGAGAUAAACCGAUCGCGGAUCAUAGCAAGGACUAUAAAGUCAGAGAAAUGAAAAGCAGCAAGGAAAAGGAACGAGAUAAUGUCAACAACAGUAUUUCCAGUUCUAAUAAAGAAAAGGAUCGAGACAUCAGUCCAAUUGUGAACAUGCAAACCCCCAAAAUCGAAAAAAAGGAGAAAAUAAAGGACAAAGAUUCAAAGGAGGCAGACAAAUCUGAAGAAGCAAAACCAAAAGAUAAGGAAAAAAGUGAUGAUAAAGAGAAAGAAAGACCCAAACACAAGCAUAAGAAAAAAGACAAGGAUCGCAAAGAAAAGAAAGACAGAGAGCUUCACAAGAAAGAAAAAGAGGAAAAAAAGACAAAAGAGGUGUCUGCUAAAGAAAGGGAGAAGGCAGAUAAUCUUUUCGGUAGUAGUCCAAAGAGCGAGCCUAGUCCUGGAUCAGCUCCUCCUGAUCUGGAAAUUGACAAAUCACCCCACAUGGAAGAUGAUUCCUCCAAUACGUCAAAGCUAAGUAGCAGAGAACCCAGCCCUGCUAAUGACACAACUCAAGCUGGCCCAUGUCCAAGAUCUCCUUCUCCGCUGCCGUCAUUAGAAGUUACGAGGUUAUCGCCGCAGGAAGAGCACCUGAGCAAGAAACCGCGAUUUGAUGAUGUCAGCAAAAAGGAGAAAAAGGAGAGAAAGAAGGACAAAAAGGCAGAUAGGGAUCAAGAGAGGAAACGGAAAAGAAAAGUGGAGGCUGAGACUCAGGUUGAAAUUGAGGAACCACCCAUAAAACUGCAUAGAAAGGAAGCGCCUUCAAAUGAUGAUUCCGAUGAUGAGCGGAAAGUAUCCAGCUCUGAAGACUCUAAAUCAGUAGCGUACACUGAUGACCCCGAGGCCUACAUGAGUAUGUUGCGAGAGCUGCAGACCAAAAUCAUGGGGCUCAAAGACCAAUCAGACUUGCAAAGGGUGGUACAGCUGAUUGCUGAUACAGGCAAAUUCGAGGUGUCCUCGCACACGUUUGAUUUCGAUUUGUGCCUGUUGGAUAGGGCUACUGUUAUGCAGUUGCAUUCAUUUUUGCAGUAAAAUCGUAAGGGUCGAUGAAAACAAUUAUUUGUUUUGUUUUACCUGCUGCUUAGCGACAUUGAUUCAUUAUGUGAUCACAUUCAUUGGUUUGAAUGCCCCAGGCUUCACACUUUCAUGCAUACCUUUGUUUGUGUUGGUAUCAUUAAGUGUUUUUGUAUAUUAUAAAACACAUUUAUUGUUACACUUAGUUGUAAAGUAUUUAUUUAAAAUGUUGUAAAUUGAUUUUACUUAGUAGAUUCACGUUCGUUGUGCACACCGGGCUAUACAUGUUUAUCUGAAUUGCAUGUUGAAGGGAGAGUAUUACAUGGUACAUAAUUAUAGUAAAGGGCAGCAAGAAAAUUAUAAAUAUACCAGUAAAUAUUA